CGCACAUCAAGCGGCUCUCUCGCGAUCCACUAGUUUUUAGACUACACAUAGAAUGUAUAUCGAAAGGACAUUGAAUGUUGUGAUAUAGUGAAUAGAUACGCAGUGUGUGUGUGAUGUACAAGUGGAGUGGAUAUUCUAGAUAUUAUCUUUGUAAAUUCGUAUGCAAAUACGCACUGAUAUAAAGUACAAAGCUAUCAAAUACAAAAUCAAUGUGUAUAACUACAUAUGUGGAUUCAAUGGUCGUGGACGUGCACCAUAGAACUGUUCAAUUGAAGUGUUAAAAUUGCCCACUUAACAUCGUUUUAAGGUUAUACACUUAAGUGUGCUGAGAAAAAGUCGAUAAAUAUACAAAUGGGUGUAUGUGCAUUAGGGUGGACCGUAACGUUAUUGGCCACUUGGCACAGUGUUUAGACUCCACUUCGCUUUCAACAUUCUAACAUAUCUAGUUAGAUAGUUAGAUUUGUGAAAAAAAAGCACCCAUAAAUACGUACAUCAUAGAGGUCCGCUCCAUUGUGCAUACAAGAGCUAUGUGCGAUCGAAUGUCGAUGAAUAAACAAUAAUUAACAAUAGCCAAAUAGCGAGUGAGCGCAUAAACAAGCAGGUGUUUGAAAAUGUGAUUGCCCCAAAACACGAGAAUUGUCGUAUGCAAUAAAAACAAAAUAAAAAAACAAGAGAAAACAAGAAAAAGGAACAACUAUUUUCCCUCAUCCGGAAAAAUCAGAGCUACCGGCGUGAGUCUGAGGCAAAAGCUUGGUGAGCGAUGAUCGGGCGCGUCAGUGGUCACACCGCUGCCAAAUGCGCCAGUCCUAGAAUGAGGAACCAUGAAUCUCUUUGGCCAUGACCAUCUGAGCGGAUUUCGACGCAUUGAUCGGCUAGGAGACCACCACCGCCAGACACCGUGGGCCGAUCAGGAAUCCUUUCAUCUCAAGGACGCCUUUCUAUGGAAUUGGCAUAAGGGCUCCAGAGUUAGUACAGCAAAUGAUUGGCUGCAAAUACAAAUCGGUGGCCCGCAGGAUGUGAAAAAGAAAAGGCCAAAGGGCCAGAAUCGCAUCAAGUCCACCAAAUACACACUUAUCACAUUCCUGCCACAAAAUCUACUGGAGCAAUUUCGCCGCAUUGCGAAUUUCUACUUCCUGGUGAUGACAAUUAUAUCACUUUUAAUUGAUAGUCCAGUGUCGCCGAUGACCUCACUUUUACCUCUAGUAUUUGUAAUUGCUGUGACCGCUGCUAAGCAAGGAUAUGAAGAUAUCCUGCGAUAUAGAACUGAUAACGUGGUCAAUUCUUCGCCAGUUACUGUCAUCCGCGAUGGCAAGGAGGCGAUAAUCAAGUCGCAGGACGUGAUACCCGGCGAACUGAUCGUCGUGGAGCGAGACUGUGAUGUGCCAUGCGAUCUGGUGCUGCUGCGUUCCACCGAUCCGCAUGGCAAGUGCUUCAUCACCACGGCGAACCUGGAUGGGGAGUCCAAUCUGAAGACGCUGAUGGUGCCGCGUGAUCUGCCCACCGUCGAUCUGCCGGAGAUGCACAAGCUGGGCAUGAUCGAGUGCGAGAGUCCCACCACCGAUUUGUAUAGCUUCAAUGGCAAGAUCGAGCUGAAGGGCGGCGAUGGCCGUGUGCUGCCCCUGUCCGCCGAGAAUGUCCUGCUCCGCGGAUCGCGGGUGAAGAACACGGAGUGCGUCAUCGGUUGCGCCGUCUACACGGGCAUGAUCUCCAAGCUGCAGCUGAACAGCCGGCUCACCCGGAACAAGAACGCCUCCAGCGAGACGUACAUCAAUCGCUUCCUGAUCGUCAUUCUACUCGCCCUGAUCGCCAUCGUCACCCUGCUGUACUUCCUCAAGAGGUACAACGAACUAUUUGUGAUACCCAAGCUGACCUAUCUGGGGGAUGCGACGGAUAGCUACAGUGUGAAGCAGUUCCUGCAGGACUACCUGUCAUUCCUCAUCCUCUUCAACUACCUGAUACCCAUCUCCCUCUACGUGACCAUCGAGCUGCAGCGCGUCAUCGGCAGCUGGUUCAUGGAGUGGGACCUUGAGCUCUACGAGAAUGAGACCGAUCAGCCGUGCGUGGUCAACACCUCCAAUCUGAACGAGGAGCUGGGCCAGAUCAAUAUACUGUUCUCGGAUAAGACGGGCACGCUGACCAAGAACGAGAUGAACUUUCAGCAGUGCUCCAUAAAUGGCAGCAAGUUCCACUUCAAGAAGACGCGGCUGGAGGAUGAGGAGACCAAGGCGCUUCUGGACAUCAAUAGGUUUUCCGUAAGUCUUUUUUCACACCCUAUAAUUUCGAUGCCUUUUCUAAAUGUGACCAAUGACACCUUGCAGGCCAGUCAGCGUGUGUUCUUCCAGGCCCUGUCCAUAUGCCACACUGUUCAGGUCGCCUCCGGAUCUCUGGAGGAGGCGGAUGCGGGCACAGCCAAGCGUGAGCCGGUGACGGCCAUCAAGUCGGGUCCGCCGGAGAUGUACUCCAUUUCGGACAUCACCGAGGAGAGCCACAAUGCUAGUCAGCAGAGCGAGCUAAAUGUGAGCCACACCAUCGAUAAUUCGGUGUCGGCGCAUCCCAAUGGCGUCGGUUCAACGAUCACUUCAUCCGAUGUUAAUCCCCUGUUGGUUUCCGACGACGGCUAUGGCGUGGAGCGUCGCAAGCGUCCGGUGGUGGUCAAGAGGAGUCCCAACUUUGCGCGCUCCAAUCGGAUGCACAAUGCUGCCGCCAGCGACCAGAAUGUCAGCCAAACGGACCUGAAUGUGGCCACCAACGGUGUGGCGGAUGCCACACCCAACUUUCGACCCAUUUCGCUGCAAUUCCGACGCUCCACCUCGGAGAAGGAUCUGCAGCAGUCGUGGGAAGCGCCCAAUGGCCAGGCGCCGGGUCACCGAAGGGCCCACUCCUAUGGCGCACCCAAUGCCUACCUCACCAGCCCGGUCACCGCCAGCACUCCGCCCGCCAGCGUGCUCUUCCGCUCACCGAGCACCACCUCCCGGGAAUCCUACGCAGCGCCCACCUUCACCCGACAGCCCACCAUUCUGGUGCGGGCUGAAUCCCAGCGCCGGAAGAACGAAAUCCGUGAAUUUAUCUUCACCUUGGACUAUCAGGCGUCCAGUCCGGAUGAGAAGGCCUUGGUGGAGGCGUGUGCCAACUUGGGCAUGGUCUACACCGGCGACGAUGACGAGACACUCCGUGUGCGCAUUGUACCGCCGCACAUGGACUACAAGCGACCGUUUGGGAAGCCCAAGGAAGAGACCUUCCAGCGGCUCCAUGUGCUGGAGUUCACGUCGGAUCGCAAGCGCAUGAGCGUGAUUGUCCGGGAUACGGAGGGCAGGCGAUGGAUCUACACCAAGGGUGCCGAGAGCUAUGUCUUUCCACUGUGCGCCAACAGCUCAGCGGAUCUGGUCACGAAGACGGAUGCGCACAUCAGUGAUUUCGCUCGACUGGGAUUACGUACACUGGCCAUUGCCAGGCGGCUGAUUGGCGAGGAGGAGUACCAGGACUUCCUCGUGGAGCUGGCACAGGCGAACAGCUCCCUCGAGAAUCGAAAGCAGCUCAGCGAGGAGUGUUAUGCCAAAAUCGAAAGCAAUCUGGAUUUGCUGGGUGCGACAGCGGUGGAGGAUGCCCUGCAGGACGACGUGGCCGAUACGUUGGUGUCCCUGCAGGCGGCUGGCAUUAAGAUCUGGGUGCUAACGGGCGACAAGGUGGAGACGGCUCUGAAUAUAGCCCUAUCCUGUGGGCACAUACCACCCGAUGCCAAGAAGUACUUCAUUGUGGACUGCAAGAACAGGGAGGAGAUGCUGCUGCACCUGAACGCCCUGGACCGUGAGAUCAUCUUCGGGAUUGGCCAGCAGUGCGCCCUCCUCAUCGACGGCAAGAGUUUGGGCGUGGCCUUGGCCGAGGCCAGCUCGGAGUUCCGGGAUGUGGCUGUCAAGUGUACGGCGGUGCUGUGCUGCCGCCUCAGUCCGCUGCAGAAGAGCGAGGUGGUGUCACUGAUCAAGUCCUCCAAUGAGAACUACAAUACGGCCUCCAUUGGCGAUGGCGCCAAUGAUGUGUCCAUGAUCCAGGAGGCCCAUGUGGGCAUUGGCAUCAUGGGACGCGAGGGCAGACAGGCGGCGAGAUGCGCGGACUUUGCCUUUGCCAAGUUUUGCAUGCUCAAGCGACUGCUCCUCGUCCAUGGACACUAUCACAGUGUCCGAUUGUCGCUGCUGGUGCUGUACUUCUUCUACAAGAACAUCGUCUUCAUGGGCAUCAUGUUCCUGUUCCAGUUCCACACACUGUUCUCCUCGUCCUCCGUCUACGAUUCGCUGUUCCUCACCCUGUACAAUGUGAUAUACACCUCGCUGCCCAUUCUGUUCAUCGCCAUCUCCGAGAAGCCAUACACCGAGGAGAAGUUGAUGAGAACACCACAGCUGUACAAGAAGAACACGGACAACAAGCAACUCCACUGGCCGUACUUCCUCAUGUGGGUGCUGUUUGCCAUCUACCACAGCGUCAUCAUAUUCUACUUCGCCUUCUGCCUCUUCUCCUACAACAACGUGAUCCUGAACUAUGGCCAGACGGUGGCCUUCUCCUGCUUCGGCACCCUGCUCAUGUGGACGGUGGUGGUGGUCGUCAAUCUCAAGCUGUGGCUCGAGUCCAUGUACCUGUCCUUCUGGUACAUCUUCACCAUUAUCAUAUCCAUUGUGGGCUUCAUAGUCACAACGGUUAUCUACAACGUAAUCAAUCUGGACUAUGACACGGACAUCUACUGGGCGUACAACAAUCUGUUGGCCUCACUGCCCGUCUGGCUGUGGAUCACAUUGACCUGUGUGGCCUGCCUGGUGCCCGACUAUACCAUCCGAAUGCUCCAGCGGGCGCUCAACAUCAAGAGUUUCAGCAUUUUUCCCGGAAAACAACGACAACUUAAGAUGCGCCAAAAGUUCGAGUCCACAUACUUGUAAUCGACCAAGCGAUAGGCUAUAGUUUUUAUACCCCUAAUUUAUUUAUUUCCCUAUGUAU